CUCCGAAAAAUAAAAUUUCAUGGCUUCUGCUUGUGUUCUAAUUUCUAUUUUUUUCAUUUAACAAUCUUGCGUGUCUUUCUGCUCGUUGUUAUUUCAAUUUAUUACAUAAAAAUAAGUGCAUUGUAAAUUUAAUUUAAAAAAAAAAAACAAAAUAAUUUGAAUUAAUACGAGUUUAAAGUGUCAACAUACACUGGAGAAGAUUUCAUCAUUUUUUCUUUUUUAAGUGUAAUUUUGUUACGUCAUUGUAUAUGUUCAACAUUUGAAAGUAAGACGUGGGUAGUAAUGCCCAGAAAAGGCUUUUGAAAUGUGCAAAAUCAAGCAAUUAAAUUUUUAUAAGUCAUUGUACAAUAAGUCCCGAGUUAAUCUAAAAACAAGAAAUUCUUUGAUUUUACCAUUGAAACAUGUCUUCAGUGGAGACACCGCCUUUUAUUCGCACCAUCGAAUGGGACAUGAUGGACAAAACAAAAUUUUUUCCACUGAGCAUGCUCUCGUCAUUUUCAGUCCGUUGCUGCCUCUAUCCAUUGACUGUGAUCAAAACACGACUUCAAAUUCAAAGACGAAAUCACAUGUACACUGGCAUGAUAGACGCUUAUCGAAAAAUUUACCUUUACGAAGGCAUGGCAGGCCUUUAUCGAGGAUUUUGGAUAAGCUCGAUACAAAUAGUCUCAGGUGUUUUUUAUGCGACAACAUACGAAGGUGUACGACAUCUUCUCAGUCAAAAUUCAGUCACAUCGUCACUGGAUUCAAGGGUCAAGGCAUUAAUUGGAGGUGGUGCAGCGAGCUUAGUGGGACAUAGUAUUGUUAUACCUUUUGAUGUUCUUAGUCAACAUUUAAUGGUGCUUGGCGUCAAUGUUAAACAUGGAAAAUUGGUUGUAGAUAAAAUGAGUAUGAAUCCAUUGGGAUUGAAUUUGCAACCAGGAAUGUCCCGGGCGCAAAUCUCAUCAGAAAUAGUAAAAUUGAUAUAUCAACGUGAUGGUUUACGAGGAUUUUAUAGAGGAUACAUAGCUUCUCUUUGUGCAUACGUUCCUAACAGUGCAUUAUGGUGGGGCUUGUACACAACUUAUCAAGAGGAAUUAAUAAGGAUUUUGCCAUCGUGGGUAAGCCAUUUGUUUAUUCAGUCGGUCGCUGGCACUUUAGGAGGUUUUACUACAACAAUUAUUACAAAUCCAUUGGAUAUAGUGCGAGCCAGAUUGCAAGUUCAACGACUCGACAAUAUGUAUAAUGCAUUGAGAGUACUGUGGGUUGAGGAACGACUAAAAAUGUUUACAAAAGGGCUUUCAGCGAGACUCGUGCAAUCCGCUUGUUUUAGUUGUUCAAUAAUAUUAGGAUACGAGACCAUCAAGAGAUUCAGUGUUAACGAGGAAUACAAAAGUUACAUUCGUUGGUAAAAAAAAAAAAAAUGAAAAAAAAAAAUUUGUGCAAUUCUCCAAAAUAUCACCACCUAGAGCUAUAUAAACAUGAAAAAAAAAAAAUUUCUAAUUUUCUUUUAAAAAAAAACUUAAUUUUUUAACUUCAAUUUGAAUUUAUUUUAAAUUUUCACUACUUUAGAAAGAACUUCAUAUGGAAUUUAAAACAAGAAAUUAAAUUUAACAGAUUUGUCGCUUUUUAAUUCAGAAAAUUUUUUUUUGUAACAAAAAAGAUUUCAUUUAUACAGCUCCUAUCGUAGGUCACGAUAUUUUGUAAAUAAUUUUCAAAAAAAAAAAACUAAGUCAUUAAACAAAAACAAAAAAAAAAUUAUAAUGGUGAAUGUGAUACAGGCAUAAUAGUAAAAUGCAAACAAAACCCAAAGAUGUUUCUUUCUUUGUAUUAUAUAUAUAGUCCAAGUGUGUGUGUUAAUUACACAUCAUGUACAUAUAAAUUUUAGUUGGGUUUUCUUUUUUUUUUUUUUUUUAAUAAAGAAAAUUCUUCAAUGUUAUAAAUUUGCAUUGUAGAUGAAAAAAAAAAUAAUAUAUAACGAACAAUGUUAAAAGGUUCCUUUAGAAUGGAAAAUAAAUCAAUUUUCUUUUCAAAUCGUUCAUUUUUGAGACGAUAUUAUUUAUAUUAUAAUUAUUAUAAGAGCAAUAAAAAUUAAAUGUUACUUGUA